AGUCAGGCCAGAGCUGCAGCAGGAUGGUGCAGCAGCCUGCAGACACAGGUUUAGUCUGUCAGUCAGCUCCAGUCUUCUCCACGGUGCUGUCUACAUCUCCUUUAUCACUGUCACACUGACACAGUUAUUUAUCCCUGUAGAUAGAGGCUAGACCCACGUGGAUAUGCAGGACCCUAAACAGGCAGACUGAAAACAAAAUGCCCAGACAUUUCCAUGAAUCUACCGGCAGGAGCUAACUAAGAGGACACGCUUCUUUAUGUCACUGACUUAGCUUCCCCACUUAGUGUUAGCUGGUGUCGGCACACAACCGAGUCCGAGGUCUGAGAGCCUCCAUGGUGACCUUUCUGUUUUAAAAGACUAUCUCUGAUCUUAACAAAGGAGGUAAGAUUACACACUUCAACUUCAUUUAAUUGCAUCGGCAAUUUGACCAGUUUAUGCAGCUCAGAUAGAGGCGGGUAACAUUAUCUGAUGAGUUAGCCUAGCUUAGCCUGCUAGCAUGCUCUGAGUGGCACAAAAAGCAGUGUAAAGUUAAUGUUAGCAGCUAGCUGUUAGCCGGUCUCCUGAGAUAUAUGUAAAUGUAACCUGCGUUCUUGAUUUAAUUUUAAAACAUGUAGUUAACAUUUCGGAAUCUAGAGAUGAACCAUAAUAAAGUGUUUAAUAAGGCUGAGUGAGUUUCAUGGCAGUUAUCAUUGAGUAACGGUUUGUAAUGUAGCAAAGCCAGGCUAACGUUUGCAUUAGUUUGACCUAGCCGCCAUAGCUAACCUUACACCCUGUUCUUUUAGCAACACCAUCUGAUUAAUUAUAGUAAUAUUAUGAGUUUAAGACAGCUAAGCCUCUGGACAUUAAGAUCGACACAUUACACACUACAAUAUACAACAACAACAUCACCAAUAACAACAACAACAGUUAUUAAUAUUUUUAUUGUUGGUAUUAUUAUUAUCAUAGGGAUUGUGAGCUUGCAAAGACAGCCAAAAGUGUUUAAAGUUAGACAAGAGGCAACAUAUAACCAUAUAAAUAACUAGAAAUGUUGGUACCUGGACUCAGUGAGGACACAUGAAGUCAUUUUCAAACUUUUUGAACAAGUCUACAGAUCCAAACUCUGUUUGAUUGUAUUAUGGUUUGACAAAAAUUAAUGAAGCCACUAAUACUACAAAACAGGGAGGAAAAGUCCUGAAAUAUUUUUUUACAUUUUACAACAAUAAAUGUAAAACUGCAACUGCUACAAUGUAUUAGAAACACUGAGUGCUGGGUGCUUACUUUAAGGUUAUGGUGAUGGGGACAAGGGAAGUAAGACAUGCCACUACCCACCAAAUAUUUUCCCAAACUAACUGUCUUAAUAUCUGAUCAUGUUGAUGUGUGAAGUGAUUUUUACUCUGAAGCUAUCCACCAGAGUGAAGUUGCUGAGUAUUCAUGUAAGAGAGAGACUGGUUAGUUGGCCUUUUAACAUGAUUGGCAUUGUAUUGGCCUGCCCCUCUCAAGGCUGUUGUUACUGAUAUCUGUUAUAAAUUAAAAAAAAAAAAAAAAAAACAUUUAUUGCUCUGUAAGAUUCAUUAAUUCAUGUUUUUUUUAUGUCAGUUAAACUCAAUUUAGACUUGUGAAAAGUAUCUGUGGUGUUUUCAAAGAGUGUAAAUCAGUAGAUCUGCUCAUGUUGGACAAAUGCUCACAGUGGAGGAUUGUUAACUUUGUUUGCAGACGACAUUAGAUUCCUCCAUUUCCCAUGUCCCCUUAAGGUUUAUCUACAGAGAGAUGGCAGACAGCGCAGGGCUGCAGUUUGUCAGCUCCUAUGCUUUUGAAGCAAUGCAGAAGGUGGAUGUAGUGCGCCUGGCUGCCCUGAGUGACCCCGAGCUGAGGCUGCUGCUGCCCUGCCUGGUGAGGAUGGCUCUGUGUGCUCCAGCUGAUCAGAGCCAGUCCUGGGCUCAGGACAAGAAGCUGAUCCUCCGCCUGCUCUCUGGAGUGGAAGCUGUCAACUCCAUUGUGGCACUUUUGUCCGUUGACUUUCAUGCCUUGGAGCAGGACGCAAGAAAAGAGCAGCAGCUAAGGUAUAAUAACAUGGGUGUGAUCAUAUAACCAGGAUUUAAGUUUUGUUAUGAUUUGCUUAGAGUUUUUGCUUUUUCUUAAGGAUUAGUAUGCAUUUCCUUUAUAACCUUAAUCUGAAUGAGGCUGACCAUUGUUGAAAAAGAGUUGAGCUGACUCAGGUAGUUCUCUGUGUAUUGAGUUGGUAUUCUAAAAUACAAAAACCUCCAAUACUGUCUGUAUUUCAGGAUUUAUGAAAAAGAAAAGUUGCCUAUCCAUCAAGCUGCACGUUGUUUCCAUUAUGUAUUUAUUAUCACUGUCAUUGUCAAAUACAACUUUUGUAGAAACUUGAUUUGAUCCCAAAUAAUAUAAAGUGACAGUUGCUUUUUAUAUAAUAGUGUGCUACAAGCAGAGAGUGCAGCAUUGUUUGGGGAUGGCAUGAUUUUGGAAUUUUGCAAUGUUAAGUGAAAAUCUCUUACAGGAGGUUUGUAGUAUAAGCCUGAAACUGUUAAGUGACAAUACUCGUGUUUUUAUUUUUUUAAAGCUAUUGUAAAGAACUUUUGGUGCCCUACCAUGGCGAUAGCGAUGCCUCCUAUCUUUUGUCUUGUACAUGUGAAAGUAGUGUUUAAGAAAAAAACCCCACCCUGUGCUCUUCUACACUUACUCUUGACUAUUUGGUGUGGCAGAAGUCCAAAUAGUCUCUGUUUCUUUGACCUGCUGUCAAACAUCAGAUAAGACACCUACCCUCUUACAGCAGUUAAAGGUAUUAGAAAUUAUGAUUGUGAAAUCACCUGCCUGUAUUGUAAGUACACAGGUCCUGGUAGCAGUAACAUGAUAGGACAGGAGUAACACUGUGACAUUACUGACUGGAAUGUCACCAGUGUAUAGACAAUAUACUUUUCCUUCUGACAGGCACAAAGCUGGUGGGUCUAAUGGAGAAAGCAUCCUGGUGUCACAGCUGCAACAUGGACUGACCCUGGAGUUUGAACACAGCGAUCCUCUCAGAAGACUCCGCUUGACCCUGAGUGAACUCCUGGCCAUUAUGAACAAGGUACAGUGGAAAAUCUCAGCGUUAUUCAACGAACCAAAAGACAAUGACAACCAGUUGAACUUGGAGUAAACGGCACAUGCAGGUAUUUUUUGAUGAAGUGAAUGUUAAUGGUUGAGCCUAUGCCUGAUCUGUGAUAUAGCAGUUUGCUCUCGCAUUGAAGGAAAAGUACAUUUUUCUUUUUACAGCAGUUGACUUUCAGUAUUUCAGUCUUCACCUUAAAGGGUGUCUUGGAUGAUUGAUUGAUCCUGGCUGUCUUUUUCUUGUGUUGUUUCUCAGGUGGCAGACUCAAAUGGAGAGUUUUUCCUGAAAUCCUCUGAACUCUUCGAAAGCCCUGUUUACCUAGAGGAGGUUGCUGAUGUCCUCUGCAUUUUACAAGCAGGUAUUCAACUCAUGUCAUCUUAUUUGUAGUAUACGAGUGAGCUCAUAGCAACAACUUCCAUUACAGGGAUAGUCAGCACAAGAUCAAAUAUAAUGAGAUAAAGGUCCUAAAUGAGGAUUCGUUACGUACAGUGUGUUUGAGGACUGUCUUGUAUCUCUAGAAAUGUGUAAACCACUCUACAAGAGUUUUAUCGGUGUUUAUAAGCUCUGUCCCAGAUAAGCUUCACCAUCUCUCAGUGUUUCAUCACACUUUUUUAAUAUAAAUUCUAACAGGUUAAAGUUCAUUUCAGCUCUUCUUUGUGUGGUGCCAUAUGCAAAAAUGUCAGCAUAUUGUUAUAUUUCCACUAAAGAUGGACUUUAUCAAAUAGCUUUGGCCUGCAAUAACAAGUCAUCACGUUAAAGUAAUAUCGCUGUGAUCAGUAUGUUAGUUUGACUGAAUUUUUUGUUUUACUGAACUUUUACUUAACGUGAAAACAACUUGUUGGGAUAAUGAUUUUUUUUUACAAGGGUGACCUGGGCAAGAGGUCUUGAUAGAUAUUACAUGAUUAAGAGACAGAUUACAGAGAUUAAGUUAAAAACAACAAAUGAAAGCAAGAUGUAUGUUUUUGAACAUUUUUAAAUUUCAUUUACAGAGCUACAGAACAGCUGCAGAAUUAGAGUAAAAAUACAUAUUUCUUUAAAAAGGCGUGCUCAAAAAUAAGUACACAUUUUACCUCUUGAACAAACAUAAUCAGGAGCUUUUGUGAAUAAACCUUUUCUUUUUUUACGCUUUAAUUCUGAAACAAAAACAUGUUUUCACCUUAACCUUAGUGGUUGAACCUGUAACAACCACUGUGGAACUCAGUACAGCUUGGUCUCUGUCAAUCAGGGUCCAUUCCUUCUACCAUAUAAGCGCUUCUGUAAGCUGCAUGCAUCAAGUGUGUAACAAGUAUAACAAAUGUAAGUGUAAGUAUAAGUGUAACAAGCAUUUUCCCACUUGUUUUUAAUAAAACAGACAGUUUAUCACAAAAGGCUUCAUGAACUGCCAAGUGACAGGGGAUGCACUGAAAGGCUUCUCCCAUCUUUCCUCUAAUCUCUGCCCAAAGAACUGGACUGUUUUUUUUUUUUUUCUUUUUCUUUGGUCUUAUUUAGUAACGCACCUCCACUUCUUUUAACCUCUGUCUGGCAAACCACUGUCUUUAUUUGUUUGACUGAAGCUGUCAAUUCUGACGUCUUUGUCCCAAAACUGAUAUAUCAUAUUACCCUCAAUAAUAUUAUUAGUGUUACUGCAUGGAGUCCAGAAACAGUGACGCAUUGAGUCAAAUUGUCAGGGUAACAGGCAGCGCCAUUCUUAGUUUGAAAUUAGAGUAUUGACAUUAAGCCCAGGCGUAUCAAUAAGGUGAGAACAACGGUAUAUUUACACAUCUGCAGAUUUUCCCACCCUGAGUGUUAAAGGUGUCUUCUUCUUGUCCUUGUGUUUCCUGUGCUUCAUAGGCAUUGCAAACAGCUAUUUUACUAUCAGUUUCCAGCCUGUUAUUGAUAGGCAUAAACUGUCAUAGCAUGUGCAUCAUUAAUCACCUUAUCAGCUGUGCAAAUUGGAGGAUAUUUUCCCAUUUGCGGAUACCAGUAACUAACGUCACAAGCUUUUAUCCACCUUUUUUUUUUUUUUAACUAUUAUUCCUAGUUUCAACAAAAAUUGCAACACACUACAUUUGAGGCUUGGCGAUGUCUGCCAAAUUUGUAUUUGACCGUGUCUGAGGUAAUGCAAAAGCAGUAGCAUGAGACCCUUUUAACUUUGUUAGCUGAUUCUGAAAAUGGCCCAAAACCACAAAACUGUGAUGGAAGUGGAGACAGAUGAGGGAAACGGAGGGCAGAGUGUUCCUGACAGUGUGAGGCAGGACAUCGUGACUCGAGUCUGUUUGCUGCUUUGACAUUUUCUGCUCCAUGAUGAAAGUCUUCACUAUGUUUAUUUUCUCUUCUCCUUAGAGCUGCCUUCUUUGCUGCCCAUUGUGGAUGUGGCGGAGGCUUUGCUUCAUGUCCGCAAUGGAGACUGGUUUCUGUGCCUGUUGGUUGCCAACGUCCCUGACAGCUUCAAUGAAGGUAAUUCAUCUGUUUCAUAACACUGCACACGCUGUCAGCUGAUAAUGUGAGAUAGAGUGGCUGGUUAAUUGCCGGUACCAGCUUCAUAUGUUAAGCGAGUGUGCCUGCUGUAGCAGAAAUGCAGAGCCUCAGAAGCUGCCUUUGAUAGUUUAAUUAGAAUUAUAAGGAGAUUGUUCCUGAGCUGCCAUCACCUAUUUUCAUCCUGAGUUUUUCUGUUUCUGCUCUACUUCUGGCCGUGCCACACUGGCCCAAGGGUGUAUGUAUUUGUCUUUGAUUGAUGAUGAACAUUAUUGUCUUGCUCUGGCGCACAGAGUGCACCGUCUGUGCUUUCAGAGAUGCAUUAUUAGAAAAUUCCCGCUGUCUCCAGUGCCUCCUUAUCACACAGAGGGUCAGAGCUAAGUCAAUAGCUUUUGAGUGCAUUUGUGUGUUUUAUAUAGCAGUCAGCAUCAAGGAGUCCUUUUGGCUUUGUUACAGGAAAAGACCUUGUUUUGUGGAAUUGAAAGUGAAAUGAACUGAUCAAAGGGUGAAGUGUUGAAAAUGGCUCUGUCUAGAGCAGUCAAGGUCUGUCGUGUUGAACAUGAGCAGGUCACCAGAUUUCACUUUGGUGGCUCUUUGAUGCUAUACAAAAUAACCCAAGAGCAGCAGAGAGGGAAACUAAUAUCAUUUCACUGCAUGACGUAAUUCCUUUGAAAAAGUCAGCUGUGAGAAAGGACAGGGAGAUAAAGCUGUGGAAAGGCUGUCUGAUGGCUGUUAACGCCUAUAUCCUAGGAGUAUAAAUAAAUCAUAUUUCUACAGUUCAGUGUUUUUUUUUGAAAAACAUGUCUGGACCAUGAUGAGAUAAUUCUGAAACAUAAGUGUAACUGUUUGUCAGGGACUUGCAGAACUCCUGAAGACAUUUAGAGCAGGUUUACAUGAUUAAAUGAGCAUGAAAUACACCCUACAACAUUGAGUACAGAGUAUUUUCCUUCUGCUUGCGGAAAAUAUAAUAAUCUGUGUGUUAGUUAACUUGGAAAGUGUAUUUUUAAAGGUUUAAAUAUUGCUUGUUGGGAUGAAUGACCGUUUUCGUCUUUGCAGUUUGUAGAGGACUGAUCAAGAAUGGAGAGCGUCAGGAUGAGGAGAGUGUGGGUGGUCGACGCAGGACUGAAGCCCUCAGGCAGCUGUGUCAAAUGAACCCCUCUCAGGCCCUCAACAUCAGGGCUAUGGUGGUCAGUAUAUCAAUUGAUAUUAUCACAGGAUACAAAGCUAUCAGCAUUUUAACAUUUAAUCCAUAACCACCCAAAUUCUCUCAGUUCAUAUCAGAGAGUUCAUCAAAGCAGUGUUUUUUUCCAGUGGGGAUGCACUACUGCUGAAUUUAUUUUAUGCACAUUAAUUAUGCAUCUACAAACUAAUUCUUGUUAGCACAGUUUGGGCAUCUAAUGACUUGAUGUUGUAAGCUUUCAUCAUAGUGUUUGUGCUUCAGUAUGGUUGUUAAGACGUGGGUUUAUGAUUUGCGGAAACAAAGUUGAAUAAAAUGUCAACUAUAAGAGGAUGUCUUUCUCACCCAUCUACACGUCUUUAAAAGGAACAAUCAUGUGUUUUCAGGCAGAUGAUUUGAGACAGAUUUUUUGAUAGCACUUUAUCAAGUAGCAACAUAAAAACACUGUGACAGAUACUGAGGGUGAUUCCUGGUGUCACUCAGAGUGAAUUAUCAGUGAAGGCUGCAGCUUUGAAGAGCUUUCUUGAGAAUUUACUGACUUAACUUUUUGUGAGUUACUGUCAGUGCUCUUAUUGUAUGGCUUAGAGCUGGCCCAGUAUAUGAGGACAUUCAGCAGGUAAUGUGCUCAAUAUUUCUGUCAGACAUUGGUAGAGACCAAAUCAAAGGACAAAAAGAGAGAUCAUAUAUUGUUAGAUUGAUGUUUUUUAAUAAAGGCAGGCAUGAAUCCAAAUAGGAUGGCUGUUCUUUUACAUAUCCAGAGCUUCAAAAGCAACAUUAAGAGCUAACAACUAUCUCUGACAAGGUAAUUUUGAGUCAUUUGCUAUGAUCACACUUUUUCUUUACUGCAUUUUAAUUUUACUUGAGGGAACUCCAAAAAAGAUAAAUAAAGUUGUAUCUAAUCUAAUCCAGAUAAAUAAAAACAGUUAUUGGCUCUCUUAAAAGGAAUUUCAUGAUGCUAAUUUUCCUGAUGAGAUAAAACAUUAAUUAAUGCAUUAUUUUACAGGCUUCUGUCCAAAAAAAAUCUUAUCUCAAUUGGCACUAAGGUUCUGUAGCUUUCAGGUUUAAAUCAGUGUGAUGAAGUUACAGACAGGAUGCUCCUGACAUCUGUGCACGUACUUCCUAGUCUAUUGAAGUCAGUGUGCUCGCAUACUGUUGGAGGCAGGCAGUUACUAGUAAGGUGCAACUGUGAUGAUGCAAUUAGUUUAGUGAGUCUCGGGUUUUCUCACAGGGUCCCAUUUUGAGCAGUUUACAGUUUUUAGGAUUAUGGCAACAUGCGGUUACCUCAUGAUUUGAAACUCUGAAUACAUAUAGUAUGGACACCGAACUUUCAGGGUUUGGUGUAAAUGUGGAAACGCAUGAUACCUCCUCUUUAACUGAAACAUUGCUUUACUCUUUAUUCUUUAAGUCAAGAAAAUGGAAAAACCUUUUUAAAAAAAUAAUAAAAAUGUUCAAAUCAGGUUUUUUUUUCCCUUUUGGUUAUUUUUUUGAGUAUCUGGUCAACAGUGAGCUGUGAUCUAACACUUGUAUUUGCCUAAAUCAAAGAGCUGUAUGCCCCUUAUUCUAAGCAGAGCACAAACACGUGCUUCAUCUUCAUGAUUUGACUGAUUAUGUUGAAUCUGUGUAUUUCCAGGUAGAAGAGUGUCACCUGCCUGGUUUGGGUGUUGCUCUGACUCUGGAUUAUAAACCAGAUACAGCAGAUGAGGCAGUCAGUCCCCUGGUUUCUUACGUCAGCGGACUACUGCUGGGUACCAACAGCAAAGUCCGGACCUGGUUCAGCAUGUUCAUUCGUAAUGGACAACAGGUGAGGGUCCAGGGUUUUGUUCUGUAUGCAGUUUAUGUCAUUUGGUAACACAGACUCAAACCAUACAAGCAACUGUACUGAGAAAAACAUAGAAAAUGAGAAGAUGUUCCUGUGUUUCCUGACUUUUGAGCCACUUAUUUAUUGAUUAAAAAAAAAAAAAAAACACAUGAAGCAUUUGGCUCUAAAUAAAGAAUGUAGAUGUAAACCGCAUUCAGCUCAUGUCUUCCCUUCACUUCAUCUCUGUAACAGAGAAAGAGAGAAAGCAGCUCAGUGCUUUGGCAGAUGCGCAGACAGCUGCUUCUGGAGUUGGUCGCCAUUCUGCCUCGCUCACGUAGCACACAUGUACCCAAUGACCAUGACAUGGAAGGAGACAGCGGCUCAGGGUACUCUGGCCUUAGAGAGGAGCAUGUGGUGAAAGCCAGCGCUCUGCUCAGACUGUACUGUGCCCUCAUGGGCAUCGCAGGUCUUAGGUAGGUCCAUAAGGGUGCAGUUACCCUCCUUAUAAUUUGUACUUACGUGAUCAUGACUUUUGUUUGUACUUUGACAGCUUUUUAAAAUAAUUUUGACACAUGAAAGUUGUAUUUUUCUAAUGACAUGCUUUGUGUAGUCCAGAACAUUAAAGUUGUUCAGUGUAGGUCAGAGUUUAAAAAGGUUAUGUAGAUAAUGGACUUAUUGAUCCCACACAGACCUACAGAUGAGGAGGCAGAGCAGCUCUUGCAGCUAAUGACCAGCCGGCCUCCAGCCACUCCUGCGGGUGUUCGCUUUGUCUCCCUGUCUUUCUGCAAGCUGCUGGCCUUCCCCACUCUGGUGAGGUAUGUAAAACCUCCUUUUAACGUCCUCUUUCUUAGAGGUCUUUGUUUUGUUCAGAAAACUCAAAUAGGUCAGGACAACAAACCCAAUCCAGCUAACAGAGAACUCAAAGUCUGUUUUUUCUGCUAGUGCCUUUUGGCUGCCAAAUGUACCCACUGCAUUUCUGGCACUAGAUAUGGUUCUUUUGUUCUAUAGAGUGUGGACAUUAUUCUCUUUGUGGUUCUGUCUGUGUUCAGCACUCCAGAACAAGAACAGCUGAUGGUCAUGUGGCUCAGCUGGAUGAUUAAAGAGGAGGAAUACUUUGAGAGGUAAGAGGAUCCAAAUAUUUAUGAAAAUGACGUACAACUGAAGAGAUAAACUGCUGUGCUUAAUUUGACAUAUGCAUUUAGACAAUUCAAAGCACAGCCCCCUCAAAUUCACAUUCAUUUCAUUUUACUUGGUUGAAUGACACAAGCCGCAGUCGAAAGACAAAGUCUGUGUAAAUACAGUAGUCUACAAACAUAAGAGGCUUUUUAAAAAUGACAUGAAGGCAGUAAAUGAAGCUGUUAAUCUCUCCCAGUAUUCAAAUGUUGAUUUUCAUGUGAUCAUAAAUCAACACUAAUGCUGUAUUGUUGCCGUUGCAGUAUUAUGUUCUAUUAAUGUAGCAUUAACUAGUGUAAAGAAGCAUUAACAUGUCAUUGACAAAGGGCCGAUUAAGGGUGUUGUAGAGGGGAAAGAGUGUGACAGAUUACCCAGGGCCCAAACAGACUAGAGGACUCUUGGUGAGCCUGAAAUGAAAAAAUACUGUUUUGCAUUUUAUUUUAGUGAAGCGGAAGUAAUGUCAAAAGUUUCCUUGACAUACAAAAUAAGUGUUGAUCAAAAAAAAUAUCACAUGUGUAAAAUACCAUAUAGCCUCCCUCCUAAUAAUUUACCUCCAAUUUUUUUCUGCUGAUGCCUGCUGCUAGAUAGUCCCCCUGCAGCGGAUUCCUUUGGUCUGUCUUUACCUACACAUAAAAGCAGUAAAAAGGGAGGGAGGGGACUUCUGACUGUUUAGUAAACAGGCUACAAGUGUUAUAUUCUGUUACACCACUAAUAUCACACAGCUAAUGUUGAAAACAUUUAAAUAUUACACUUGCCAUGGUACUCAUCAAUACCAAGAACAUUAACUCUCUCUGUUAUCUUGUUUUUUUCUGUGUUUAUGUUAUUCAAUUUUUUUUUAUUUACUUUGUCUGUUAAUAAAAUGUUGAACUAAUCUCUAGUUUCUUUAGUUUUUUAGCACAGAUGCUCUAAAACUGGCAGUUUAAAAAAAAAGUGAUAAUAAUCAAGAUCAGACAAUAUGACAAAACAUGUUUUUUUUUGCCGAAUUGCCUAGUUCUGUAACCAAGAGGGAGUCAUUACAGAAAACCUGACAUCGUUCUUUUUUUCCAAACAUAACAGUUGAAACUUUGUAUCAUCAGCAUUAAACAUUAUAUCACUGACAAUGCAUUGAUAACAUUUGCGUUAACAUUAGGGUCAUUUACACGGACUUGAGCUAAAUAUUCAUUAAACUUCUCCUUGCAUAGGCAUGACCAUUGACAUGGAGCAGGAACUCUGUAUCAUGAUAACAAGUCCAUGAUACAGUAUAUUUGUGAUAUUUUAUAGACAUGACAGAUGAAGGAUAAUUUUCCCACAGAAUAUAAAAGCAGCAAGUUAAAUUUCAAGUUUAAUGUCUAAAAAGCAUAUUUGAGUUGAUUGUACAACUUGCAUUUACUUUGUUUAUGUCUAUUGUUAGGAUGUGUUUAUAUUGCCUCUGUAACUGUUUGUUCUUUGCUCAAAUAGGCAGUGAUAAACUCAGCAGAGCUUUUGUAUAUUUGUUCAAAUGAAAGUUAUUAUGAGCUGUCAUGGAAAGAAAUAAAGACUGUAGUUUAUAUGGAUGUAUGUGUUUGUUCAAAUCGACUCCAUAAAGCAUAGAUCAUCGCUGAAGCUUAAAGGGGACACAGGUUGAUGGAGGGUUUGUGUGUCGGCCUGUGUUUAUUUGCGUUUAGAUUAAUGGAACCUGCAUAAUCAGCGUAUUAAUUUUCUCUCCUGUGAAAUGCAGGAUUAACAACGAGUACAAGUGUCUUUUCUCACUCUCCAUGCAUGCAUAUGUGUGUCCUCCUUACAGUGCUGCGGGCGUAUCUGCUUCUUUUGGAGAGAUGCUAUUACUGGUUGCCAUGUAUUUCCAUAGCAACCAGCUCAGCUCCAUUAUUGAGUUGGUCUGCUCUACUUUGGGGAUGAAGGUAAGGUGGUGGGAGGCAGUGAUCAAUACAUCAGUCUGGCUGACCAGCUGCUGGCCCCACUCCUCCUCUACAGCACAUAAAGACUGUAUCCCUGAUGAAACAUUGCAGCAAGCAAAUAUCUACAAAGUCGCUCUAUUACCCCGUAGCCAAUGUGUUCUUUUAUUACUUAUUAAGUGCACUAUUGUUUCCUGCUUGUGUACUAAGUAGUUUCCCUGUCUCAGUGUAUUUUCCACUAAGAUGUACAAUGUAAUUGGAUUUAGAGCCUGUUUGUUUCCUCCCUGAGGGCAAUCCUCUUGAUUUAGUGUUGGGCCUGCCAUGUAGAGUUUUCCUAUAAAAUAUGAAAAGAGAGAAAUUACAGAGUACCGGCACCGCUGCCUGCAGGUGGUUUUCACUCACAGUAAACCUAACAUUGUUCUUGUUCUUCAACUUUUCUCCAGAUCGCCAUCAAGCCAAGCUCACUCAGCAAGAUGAAGACAAUAUUCACACAGGAGAUCUUCACAGAACAGGUAUGCACGGUUUAUUAGCAAUCUGUCCUUGGGUAAAUUUCAGCCUGCUUGUUGCAGUUUUAUAAAUAUCAGUGCUCAUUAAUUUGUCAAGCCGAGACCAAGCUGCUGUAAAUCCAAGAACUGAAAGCUUUUAGUUCAAUAGCUUUUCAAAAUGAAAUAAAAUAUCCAUGUUAAAGUUUUUAUUUUUUAUACAAGAAAACACUAUAGAAAAGAAAACAAGAAAAGGUGGCCGUAAGAACCAUUGAAAGAAGUCACUAAAAUCAAAGCAAGAAAGCUUAAAACAAGAUAACAAUAGAGGGUUGAAUAUGAUGUGGUGCAGAUCUGUAUAUUAGUAAUCGUAAUAAUAUAGUAAUCAUCUUUAUUUAAAAUUCAGGUCUGAGUACAUGACUACAGCAAGAUUUGUGGCUUGGUCAGUUGUUUUCACCUGUAACAUCUGAAGCUGCUGACUGACCUUUAAUCUUUCCUGUGUGGCUCCAAAAAUAACCUCCGCAGUUUAUCUAAGUACAAGCGAAGAUCCCGUCAUGAAUUUGUCGGAGGGACUAAUAUUACAUCACCAGUGGUCAUUUUGGUGACUCUGAAGCUAAAAAAGACAAAAACUGGUACUCUGUUAUCCUUAAUCAAGUGAUGGUUUCAGUGAAUGAAAUCCUUGAUUUCAAUAAGGGGAGUUAGAAUUGUUGGUUAGUUGUAAAACAUUGCAAAAGUUACAGUAACCUGAAAAAGUGCCAUUGUGCACAAAACAGUUUCAGUCAUAAUAUAAAGCCUCUGAGGUACGAUCAGGAGAUUUAAGCACUUCUAUCUGUAUUUUAUCCAAAAUUGUUUUGAAUUUCGAUGAGUUACUAAGAAUUGUGGUCUAUCAAAAGAUAAUUUUAUUGUUUAGAGAUAACGAACGUUAGAAAGAUGUCUGUUUUGACUGAUCAUUGGAGUGGAUUACUGUGAAAACUCUGGCAAACUUAACAUAAGUCCAAAUUAGUCCAAAUUGUAAACAUUAUUAUUCCCAUGAGGUAAAGUGUUAACAGACUUUGUGGGUGUUUUUCUCCAAUUUUGCUAUUAAGACGACUUGUUUGUUGCUGCUUGUGUGUAGGUGGUUACUGCUCAUGCUGUGAGAGUCGCAGUGACCAACAACCUCAGUGCCAACAUUACAGGAUUCCUCCCUAUCCACUGCAUCUACCAGCUGCUCCGAAGCAGAGCCUUUACAAAGCACAAAGUGUCAAUCAAGGUAGGACACAUGCAUUUCUUAAGUCUAUAGUGGAAGCUAGAUGACUAGCUGCUGAGCCUUAUGCCUGAUUUAAAAUGUAUUCUUCCCUCUGGUGUCGUGUCCUUGUGUGCAUCAUCCAGGACUGGAUCUACAGGCAGCUCUGCGAAACAACCACCCCCAUCCACACCCAGCUGAUUCCCCUCAUCGACGCCUAUAUCAACUCCAUCCUCACUCCAGCCUCCAAGGCCAACCCAGAGGCCACCAACCAGCCAAUCACAGAACAGGAGAUCCUCAAUGUCUUCCAGAGCUCUGCUGGGGUGAGUCAGUCUGUGUGAGUCACAGAAAGGACAAAAAAAAACACAAACUCCACCCUGAGAAGAUCAGUGCAUGUGUGGUUAUGUUGUGUGGUUUGAACUUUCAGUCACACAUCUUUGGCUUCCUAGAAUAAACAGUAUGCAGAAAACCCAGACAUACAGUAAAGGUAGAUUAGAUAAAGAAAACAAAAGGUCCAGGAAUAUUGUGUACCUAGCUAGGAUAGAGUUUAAUGUUGUUCCUAACCAAACGCAUUGAUUUACAUUUACUGGGACAUUUUGAUAGCAUGUUGUUGGGCAUUCUUUUUCCGCCGUUUUAAUUAAAAAAUAAAAUGUGUGAAUCUAAGAAAAUAAGGUAGAAUAAUAAUAGUGUUGUUGACUAAUGUAGUUAAAGGAUUUUUUAGUGUUAACACGAUAUUAACAUUCACAACAGUACAUCCUAAAGAUCUAAAUGUUGUCUAAGAUUAAGACCAGUUGUUCUUUAAGUUUACUUUUGGGCUUGUUGUGCCUUAAUUUAGAGGUAGGACUGUGGAAACUAGAAAACUGGGGCGAGAGAGUGGGCGCUGACAUGCAGAAAAGAGUAUACUGCCCUCUCAGACUGUUGCCUCUGUACAUAAGGCAUGUGGUUUCACAGCUGAGCUAAACUGGUGCCUAAUAAGUAAAAUCAUUGGGUCUAAUUGAAAAGUGCUUUUUGCUCAGAAUCAAAUGCUUUUACUAUUGGAUAAAGGCCUGGGGUUGUGGCCAUGCUUUUACAGCAUAUCGAUUUAGCUGAAGUCACUUUUCAGCUACUCUGUAAUUAUUUGGUUCCAAUUUGAUGUUAAAGAAAAGGACUUUCUGUAUUUAUUGUAUAUUUAUUAGCACAAGCAGUGAGAGAAACAUAAAGGAUAGUGUAUGCAAAUAAAAAAAAAAACAGCUAAUUUAAACUUGAAUUGUUUUAAUUUGAUAGUGAUGCUUCAGUGGUAGGGCCUGAUGAUUUCCUCAAUAGGUAUAAUACAGAUGAAAUUAAGUAUUACCUGUAAAACCAAGGUUAUAGUAGAAUUUACUUGAACUAAGUUGCUUGAUUUAGUCUUGGUCUUCGUGUCUGGACUAAAAUGCCCUUCAAUUUUAGUCACAUUUCAGUCAUUUUUGUCCUGAAUAGUUUGGGUCUCGUUUUAGUUGAUAGUCAGAACAUCUUUACUCUUAGUUAAAAGUUGGUAACAAGGCUAUAGCUGUUUAAAUCUGUAGUGCUCCAGUCUUUGGACUCUAUAGCUUGUGUAAUAUCUGAAUUCAUUGCCACAGUUUGAUGAUUUUGUUCAGAUCACAUUUUGUUAUAAUUGGCCUAUUAAGGGGAAUGUUAUUUAAAAUGCAAGUUACAUUAUGUGAGCGUCUCUGUAAAAUGUACUGCUGAUGAAUAUUGUGAAUAAAGAAACUGAAAAAUCUGUGAAGGUAAACGAUCCAUCCCCACACUUACUGGUGAUUAGGAGAUCCAUCGACCUGCCCCUCCCUGACCCCUAAUUUGCUUCUGUCUUUCUCUGUCGUUUAGCAAGGGGAAGGUAGUCGAGGAGGAAGACAGCGCUACUCUAUCACCACACAGCUCCUUAUCCUCUACUACAUCCUGUCUUACGAGGAGAACCUGUUGGCAAGCACCAAACAGCUGGGUAUGUACAAGACAGUAACUGUCUUCCAUAGAACUCCACACUGUGGCUGGUUUUCCACUGGGCUUCAUUUUUAAUGUCUUAUUUUCGUUUCAGCUGCCAGUCUUAAGUGCAUCCAUUGUCAUCUCCUCCUCUGAAGGAGGCGUUGUUCGCUCAAUGGAGAGAAUUUGUCAGGCAGUUUAGAGGAGAACGGCAGCUUUUGUCCUCUGUGAAGUUGUAGGAGAUGCUCUCACUCUGGAUGUACAGUCAUUCAUCCUCUUCUGAAUGUUGGCUGCUUUGUAGAGAAUAAAUGGAGGGCUGACAAAGAGCCAGACACAAUGGCUGCAGAAGCUGAGCUAACUAGGACAGCUGUAGGUUAGAUUGAGCAUUAGCAGUUAGCCUAGUCAGUGUUUAUUCUCUCCCAUGACGAGCUCUCCUCUUGCCCUUCAUUAGGCCAGAUUUAUGUGAGAGUUUAUGCCCAUCUCUUUAAUUGCUCUGUUUACCCAAGUGCUCCCACAGCCUUCAAGGAAGGAGUAAUGAAGCCCAUCAGCAGUGGUAAUGAACCCACGUCAAUGAAAAAUCACCUCCGCUCCUCUAACUCAUCGGCACAGCAGCUCUGGCGUCCUUACAUCCCCCAAUAAAACACUCAUGCUUCAUCUUGUCCUUUUCUGACUUCAUGUUCUCACCCUCUCUGUGUCCUGUACUAUUGUUUCUUCACUCCACUCACACCCUUUGUGACUCUCUUUUUUUUUAAGCCCUUAUGCAGAGGAAGCCAAAGUCCUACUCUGCAGCUCUAAUGGACCAGAUCCCCAUUAAGUACUUGGUUACGCAGGCCCAGGGUCUGCAGCAGGAGCUCGGAGGUGAGUUAUGGCCUCAGUGUUUGGUUACCUCUCUACAUCUGACUUUUAUUUAAGCAAUGUGGGUUUAUAUGGAGGCUAUCAAUCAAAACAUUGUAAAACUAAAUUGGAGCUGUAGCCUCUCAUUACGUUUCACUCCUGAGUUCAUAUCUCUUAUAAGUUCUCCAUCUGCUUGUCUUUCCAAUGUCUUUAAACAACAGGGAGCUGAUAAUUCAGAGUCUACUACCAUUUGCAAAUGCACUUGGAUUUUCUUUUGCUUAUACUCAGACCAAAGCCAGCAUUACAAGUGGAAAAUUAAUAAAUGUAGUCUCAAAACAGUCCCUCAGAGCAAAGUUUUAUCCAAACCCAGCCAUCUGCAGAAUUCUCCCUAAAUAAAGUACGGAUCAGUGUUUCCCCCUCAGCUCCUGAGCUGUUUCUCUUCUAGAUGUGCUCAGCUUGAUUCUCAGAUAAAGCUAAAACUAGAUGUAUGUUGUCUAAAAUACUUAAAAAUUGUAAGCAUGAAGGUCCUGUCCAUAUGUUUGUGGAUAUUUUGGAAAUGCAGUUUUUUUUCUUCUUCCCUUUGAACUUAAGUGUACACAUAAUAGAGUUGAAUAUCAUUGGUAAUUGGAGAUGGAAAAACACAGAUCAAGACAGAAAUUUUCAUCUCUUUGUGUGGACAACAAAAACUUCGAGUUUUGGGAUCCACUGAUGUCAUUAACCUCUGGUGUUUUUCAUAUAUGUAGCAGGUUUAUUAGAUUUUCUUGCAUGAUUACAAGUAACCUAGUCAAAUUUGACCACAAUACCGUGGGGCAAAUUAAUGAAUCAUGCUCAAAAGUUUUUGACUUGCUGCUCCAUACACAGUUAAAGGACAAUGUUUACAGUUGUUGCUUUCUAGGUAAACACUCAAUACCCCGGUGCACAGUGUUCUUUUUUGUGUUGAUAUGAAGGAAUGAUUGUAAUUAUAUCCACCCUCUGGCCUGACAUGCUUUUGUUGAUCAAUUCAGCAGUUUCUUAGUUACCAUGGGGAAAGAUAAAUAUCCAAAACACCUCUGGUAAGGACAGAAUUUUCUUUUAAGAACAAAGAGAAGAAAAAAAAACAGUUUUAAAAAUAUCCGCAACACAAGUCCAGCAAGAGUUGGUCUACAAGGUAUUGUAAACGGUGCAAAUGCUGUUAUUAGUUUGGAUGAACAACAAAAAAGGGUUAAAAGAAGUUCACAAAUAGUUGGGAUUAUGUUUUACAGUACAAAUGUAGUCAGGUUCAAUCCUAUAUGACAUGAGCUGUCUUUUAAGGAUGAAAACAUGUGUUUGAACUGAACGCACAACAUGAGGAAAUAAUAACCCGUAAUUUCUUUGAGUAGUAAAUUUAGUAUUUUUUUUCUUUCUUUUUCCUUCCUUUUCCCCAUCUUUCCCCCUUUUUUUUCCAUUUUCCUUCCUUUCCCUUUACCCCCUCCUUUCCCUGUUCUUUCCUUUUCCCUUUUCCUUCCUUCCUCCUUUCCCUGUUCACCACUGCUGUCUCAACCGCCUCUUCUUCAUAUCGCUCUUCCCCUUCUUUCCCCCAUCUACCCCUUCUUCCUUUCUUCUUUUCUUUUGCUCCUCAGGUCUGCACUCUGCCCUUCUGAGGCUGCUGGCCACCAACUACCCCCACCUGUGUCUGGUGGAGGACUGGGUUUGUGAGGAGGAGGUGACUGGUACCCUGCCACUGCUGAGGAAGAUGAUGCUCCCCAGCAAUACCUGCAGAUACACUCAGAGCCAGCUGCACCAGGGUGAGGAGGCUGGAAGGAUAGGGUUAAUAAGGUUUUUAAGAUAUUGUGCAAAAUUUUAGAAUAGUGAGUAGUUUCACCAAAGUAACCAACAAUCGUUGAAGAUAAAUGGCAUAAACGACACCUGGCUGGAUUAUUUACACCGUUUGUAUUGUAAUAUAUUGUAAAAAGAGAAAGAAAUGUUUCAUACAUAAAGUCAUUGUUCAAAUUAUAUAGUUUAACUGAUAUUUAUUUAGGUAGAAAAGAGUAAAGCAAAAAAACCCCAAACAUCUGACUUUGAAAUGGACCAGCUGUAGAGAUACAGAUCUAAGAGCAGAGGUUGUAUUUCUGAGAGAGUGGUGUUAUCAAUCUUAGUGGAGCAGGUAAGAGAUACUGCUGUUGUGUAUUAUGUUUAUAGGUAAGAGCUCUUAUCCAACAGGAAUCUCACAUCAGUGGUUAAUCCUUCAGGGUUUAGAGGAUUAUGCUGUAAAUUGCUUUUUCUUGAUAAAGAUCCUUGGCGAAAAGGAGAAGUGUUACCUAUAAUCAGUUUGUGGUGCCAUUAUGAAGGUUCAAGUACCAAAUAGUGAAGACUUUUUAUGGAUGGUAGUUUGUCUGUUUUCAUGCAACUGACACAACAGUUUGUUCAGGAUACUGAUACAGGAGAGUCUAUAAAUGGUGAGUAAUGAUCUGACCUGUGUUGGGGAGGGUUCGCCAGCACAAACUUAAAGAAUAAGCUGGAUAAUCUUUUUUUACAGAAGCGUAUGGCAUUCACAUACAAAAAAAUAGGAAACAAUUGUUUUAAGGUUUUUUUCUUUGCUGUUUUUCUGACUGUUUUUUCCUUCUGUUUUCUGUACUAAUAAGUCUUUCCCCACUUCCUGUUUUCCGGACAAAUUUUUAUUCUGUUUUUCGCACUAUCGUUUCUUUUAUCUUUCUGUUUUUCAAACUUCAUACAAUCAAAUAACGUUAACCACCGCGGCUGUUCCAAAUCAGCACAAUCUCCAGCUCCUAGUUAACUUCGACUACAGGGUCAACGAGACUAAAACAUGUACUAGUUACAUACACAGGGUUUGCAAAUCCUGAGGUGCCUGGGCAAAGUAGACAAACUUAUGACAAUUCCAUCUUUCUGACUUAAAGAAAAGAGUAUCUCCCAGUGUCUCAAACCCCAAAAAAGUCAAACUUGAUUAAAAUAAACAAGUGGGCCAUGUUUGCUUUCAAUAGAUCGAGCAGAGGGGGAUGAAAGUGUCUGUUUUUAAAUGACCAUGAUCCCAGAGAACAGGGAAAACAAUUAGUCUGAAAAACAAAACAAAAAAAAUCUGGAAAACAGAAAAGAAAAAAAAAACUUCUGGAAAAAUAGAGCCUUUUUUUCUUGGUGAAUGCAAUGCGCUUCCGUACAUUCGAAACUACUCUUAAACAGUAAGAUAACAGGGAAACCAGUGUGGAGUAUUUCCCAAAGGACUGACUGCUUUUCAUUCAAUUUCGUAUAAAAAGUCACAUCAGACUUCCUACACCUCCUCUGGUGUAUGGAUUAUUUAAUUUCACAGUUUUAAUUUGACUGCACAGAUACAGAGUCCCCAGGAUUAGGACCAAAACAGACGUUACAGUCUUUGUCUAUCAUAGAUUUCAGCUGCUGCACAAAAUGAUCCACACGCUGAAAUUUACAUGCUGCACUUAAUUAAACUUUUGAUGAUCCUCAUAAGUAACUAUGUAGUGCUUUAAUGAUGCACUUUUUAAACAUCUUGUUUAAUGUUUAUUUAUGCUCUCAUAUGGAUUUUGAUGUCUUUGUAGUUAAUGUGUUCUUCUAUGCUCUUGGUGCAAAGCUGAUCCUCCUUAGAAAAACGGGAGAAGUUACAUUUUAUUUCAGUGAAUUAGGAAAUGAGUUAGAAAAGAAAAACAGCUCAUCUUCUUGUAGGGUUUGUUGGUGUGAGGUGAUCAAAGGUUUCAUCUUAAUCAGAUCAGCAAACUGCUGUGUGUGUGAAACUUAACCUUUCCGGUGUGACCAGUAUCAGUGUCUGUUUCCUGUCGUUUUAACACACAAAGCGAUUAUACACUUGUGUUGCCUUAAGGUGAAAGGAUGAUGAUUCUGUGCCUGUUUAUUAAACCUAAACGAGUGAGUUUUCACAUGCUGCGACUGCUUAGCACUGAAAUAACCUCGAUCUUGGGUUGUUGUUGUUUUUUUGUUUGUUUUUUUUUGUUUUUAAAUUAGUCCAUAUUAAGACUAAACACACUGUUUCUCUCCCUUCUAAGCCUUUCAAAAGUUACCAUCCAGUAGUCCCAGGUUGAUGAGGAUCCUGGAGCAUCUAACGCUGCUUUCACCUGGAGACCUGAUCCCUUACGCUGAGGCCCUUACAGCCAGCAUGGCUCUGCUGCUGGAGCCCGCUGUGCCUCGCCGAAUACUGCAGACGCUCAACAAGCUCUGGAUGGGACUCAACACUGUGAUGCCCCGCAGGUACGUAAUUAGGGUAAGGAAUAGAAAACACCUCUGUUAAAUGGGUGUUUGAGCGUAGAUCAGUCAAAAAUAAAUUUAAAAAACAGCAUGCAUUUACUUGUAAAAAUUGGGUGUUUUUUGCUUCACCAAACAGCAAAAAUGAAAAGUAAAUAAAAGAAAUCAAAGCCUUUAGAAAAUCAUCCAAUUAUGUACAGUUAUUUUAAUACAACAACAUCCCCUGGUUAAAGUGACUUACUGUAUUUCCAGUUAAAGGUCAACAGUAGUACCUGAGCCAGUGUUUUCUUUCCCAAGGCGUUCUGAAGUUGCUAUGAGACUCGGUAAACGGAUUAAAGGAAGCACUGUGGAACAAGAGUUGUUGCCCUUGACCCCAGGCUGCUUGUUCAAUGAUUAUUGUGCGAAUAGAUCAGAUGUAUUGAGUCGGACUACUGUGUCAGCCUGUGUGAACUCUCUGGACAGAAGAGGGUGACCCUCACUGUGCCCCAGGGCCUUCAGGAGCACAGUUACCAAAGCUCAGAGCAGACAUCCUAUCGAUCUUAAAGGGAACCGUAACGAGAAGAGCUCUGGGCGUGAAAAACCGAAAGAGAGUCCAUGAAGAAGAUGUGAGGGCUUGAUGCCUCCUCCUCCUCCUCUUUUCCUCACUCCCUCCUGUAGUAUUGAAUGAUGCAUCAGGCUGGACCAGAGGCUCUGCUUGAUCAUAAUGUAGGAGGAGGGCAGGAGUGCCAAAUUUCACACAGAUCUGUUGAUUGAUGUGAGCAGCAGGAAGGCUGAGCGCUCCAAGAGUAGCCUGCUGUUCGUAGUUUAGUUAUGAUCUGAUAAGAGAAAAGAGGGUGAAAAGCUGCUACAGGCUAAAUUAUGUUUCACUGAAAAUAUUGAAAUCAUUAAGCCACCUGCUGAGGUGUGUCUCGUGUUAUAUUUCAGUGGCAUUUCUGUAUUUUUUUUAAACUCAUAACACAGUAAAUCAGUAUCCCUGUGAUGUAUCCAACAAAGACUUCUUUUAACUAUAAGCCUAUUCACAUUCUAGGAAUGUAUCUGAAUGUAUUUCCCUGAUUUCUCUAUAAAAGCCAAGCCAAAAACAACGAGUGCGUGUGUCUGUGUUUUAGGUUGUGGGUGAUGACAGUGAAUGCCCUCCAGCCCUCAGCUAAGCUGCUCCGACAGCAGAAGUACACUCAGAAUGACCUGAUGGUGGACCCUCUCAUAGUGCUGCGCUGUGAUCAGAGAGUUUACAGGUAACUGCAGAACAUGUUGUGAAGCCGUUUAUAGUAACAAUCACCACAAAAACACUGAAGUUUGUGUUGAAUGGUUGGAGUGUGUGGGCAGCAUAUGAAUCCCUGUGUCAGGAGGUCUCAAACUCAUGUAUACAGUCUGUAAAAACAUGGAUGUUAGUUGAAGUUUAGACCAUUUUGACUCACACACAGUUAACUAUAUGUUUACAAAAUGCCAGAAUAAUUUAAAUUUAACACCUUCAAAGUAUAUGUCGAGUUUGUAUUGAAUUAGAAAUUAACUGUGUCUAUGUGCUGUCUGUAAUUUUAUAUUGUUUUUUUCAAAGUUACUGUCUAACAAAUGUAUCUAACAAUUUUUUUUUCUUUUUGAUUUGUAUUCAGUAUUUCAAUAAUAACUUAAGUUUAGUAAAUUAAGUUUGUUUGCAUCUUGAAUAUGUAUUUUUUUACUUAUGAAUCUUAAGGGACAUGUGAAUGAGUACUCGUUGUAUUCAUGUUGAUUUUUGUAUCUAGAGGUAGAUGCACUUAUCUUUCCUUGUCAGUGAGCACAGGCUGACCUCUGAUCCUAAACAAGUAAACCUAAAAUCACUGCUUUGAUCUUUAUUUUUCCUUUCUUUCUUUGUGCCAGGUGUCCUCCCCUGAUGGACAUUGUUCUUCAUAUGUUGAAUGGCUAUCUGCUGGCCUCUAAAGCCUACUUACACUGUCACCUAAAGGAGACGGCUGACUUUGACCGUCAGAGCCAGACUGUCUCAAACCUGGGUGUUCCUGGACAGCCAGAUACACCUGAGGUCACCAGGGAGGAGCUGAAGAACGCUCUUCUAUCCGCACAGGUAUUCAAACAAUGAACAGACACAUUCAAACUCCUGCUGUCUCAUAUCUUUGAGGAAGAGUCAUCCUGAGUUUAAGUUUCUCAUUUCUAGAUUUGAAAGUUGUAAGUGCAUUUUAAAAAGUUGGAAUAUUUUGAAAAAAUUAAAAGUGUUUUAAAGUGUUUCAUGUGUUCUUUGACAUAAACUUUGAUAAUUAUGUCCCAAAGCAAAAAAAAAAAAUAAAAAAAUCAGAAAAGUGAACCACUUUUUCUUCAGUCAAUAAAGGUGAUUUAAACAUAUAUGUAUGAGUUUAGGACUAGUUUUGUGGAUUAUUUCAACCAAUGGGGUUUGUUGCACAUAUAUUCAGAAAUACUCUAAGACUAUAUCCUUUUCAAAAUGUCUCAAAGAUUACAUUCCCCUCUGAACACAUUAUCCACUUGUUUCAUUUAACCCCAGGAUAGCGCAGCUGUCCAGCUCCUCCUUGAGGUCUGCCUGCCAACCUCUGAGGAGCAGCAGCUGGGGGCAAACACAGAGAGCCUUCUGAGGAGCAUCAGGGACCCUGUUCUGGGCAAAUCCAAACAGGGAAACCUGGGGCCAAAAGCUACAGGGAGCUCAGAGGACGCUGAGCCGGAGCGGGGUCUGCUCAGUGACCUGAGGGAGGUGCAGUGUCUUAUCUGCUGCCUGCUGCAUCAGAUGUUCAUUGCCGACCCAAAUAUUGCCAAACUGGUCCACUUUCAGGUAAGACAAUAGAGAAAUAUAAGUGAGCUGAACUUUUUAUACCUGUUUUCAGUGAAAGUGUAAAAGCUGGCAGGUUUACAGAGUCAGGAACAUGAAACACAGUGUUGUAUUAGGGCCUGAUCCAAGACCAAGAGGGGCAUGUUUUGUUGUUGACACUUUGGCUUCAAUCACAGCCUCAGUUUGACAUUCCUGCAUGACUACAUUUUCUUGCCUCCCUCCAAGUUUUGCCAUUAGAAAGUAAUGAUAUCAUGCGAAAGCCCCUUUUGUGAGGAGUGGAGUCGGUAGUGCCAUAUGGCUGAAAAUACCUUCCAGUCAGUUUUUCAGGAAGAGCCAAGUCAUGCUGACCCCAUUAGUCACCACACUCUGCCAUGGCUUUAGUGGUGAGUGGCUGCAGCUCUCUCCCAGGAGGGGCAGACAGCCAUAUGGUGGACUUCAUCAAACCAACCCCUCCUCUUUCACCCUAAUCCACCACCGUCCUCAUGGCCUGGAAAAAAACUGCUCUUGGAAUUUUCUCCUGAGUUUGAUGUAAAAGUGCUUCAAUCACAACAUGAUUGAAUCCACUGAGUAUUCUCCUCUUCAUCAUCCUUGGAUUUUGUCAGCAGAUUUAUUUUUCUUGUCCUCUCCCCAUCUCCUCUCUGUCAGGGUUACCCUCAAGCUCUGCUGCCUCUCACUGUGGCAGGCAUUCCCUCCAUCCAUAUCUGUCUGGACUUCAUCCCAGAGCUGCUGGCCCAGCCCCAGCUGGAGAAGCAGGUGAGCCCCUCCCCCCUCCCUCAUCUCUUCAUUUCUCUUAUUCCUGGCUUUAAAUCCUGAACUUGUCCCGUGCUUUCUGCCAGAGUAUCUUUUACACUGGUGUGGUUUUUUUUUAAAGAACUUGUAAAUCUAUGUCCCUGCAGAUAUUUGCUAUCCAGUUGCUGUCAUACUUGUGCACCCAGUACGCCCUGCCCAAGUCGCUCAGUGUGGCCAGGCUGGCCAUCAGUGUCAUGGGCACCCUGCUCACAGGUUAGUCAAGUUAUCUGUUGUUGUUCUUGUCUUUACAUCUCAUGCACUUUAUUUUUUUCUUUCCAUCAGUCAGAGCUGCUCAGUUAUUGAAUUGAUUGAUAUUGAGGUUAAAAUGACUAAAAACAGAUCGAAUCGAAAAACAGAACGAAUUAACGCAACUUUAAACCUUUUCUAAACUUAAAAACUCCUAACUCUUAAAAACUUAAAAACUCCUAACUCUUCAAAAAAAAACAGCAAGUGGAGAAAAAAAUAGCUUUUUUUCUUUCCUUUUUUAAAUUUGUACUUCCUUGAAAAGGAUCACGCAUCUCUUCUUCACUUUCAGAUUAAUUUUAUUUGGGUGAUAAUUCUCACUAAAUUGUCACUCUUUUGAAGGAUUUGAACAGGCUGCAGAUCUGACAAAUCAAUCAGUAUUUUCAAGCUUGUACACGAUGUCAUUUUAACCUCAGGACUGUGGCUUGUAUUUGAUUUUGAUUCAGAACGCUGCAAACAGCUGUUAGCUCAGUGGCGCUCAUGUAUGCAUGUGACUGCCACAGACCCACGUGUUGUGCUCAGUCAGUCCCUUGGCUUUUCAGACACACCUGCUCCUGCCUCCUUCUGCUCUCCUCUCCAUCUUUAGCUGCCUGACCGUUUGUAUUGCUGUAGGACAACGUGUUGAAGAUAAAGUGGUCCACCAUGAAUCUUAGCUGCAGCUUCAACACUUUGUUUCUCAUUGAUCUUAGCUGCUUAUUAUGAAGAGAAAGUCCACAAUCUACUGUUAAGUAAGUAGAGCCAGUGUGUGCUUCAUUUAACAAACAGGAAGUGACAACACAGAAGACAACAUAAUAUAUAUUUUGUUUUUUUAUAUGAUCAUAGGGAGCCAAAGUCGUAAUCAAAAUUAAGAUCCCAUGAAUCACCCAGCUCUGGCCAAUACCAGUGUUUUCUGCCUUUCUUCUCUGUUUUUUUACAGGCUACUACAGGAUAGUCUUUGCACACUCGUAGCACUAAUAAACUGUAUAUCAUAAAUAUUAACUUUGAUUAAUAUAUAAACCAUAUGUGAGGAGAGAAGAAACUUUUCUGUUUUUUUACUAGCUUCUUUUCUGCAUUUGGUCUCCAUCAUGAAUCCUCUCCCCUCAGACUGACAGUACACUGUGUUGAUCCCAGUACAGCUGAUAUACAGUACAUGGUUUAUGUCAUACAGUAGAUGUAGAUGUAUUUAUCCCUUUAUUUGGCUGCCACCAUCUGGCCUUUGGCUGUUAGUGCAUCCUCCUCGCUCCAUUAUAUAAGUGUACAGUGUGUACCACUUCACCAGCCCCUCUGUUUAUGCAGCUCUUGUGUGUUCACCGAUGUGUUUCUGUCUUUUUUUUUUUUCAGUGCUGACUCGUGCAAAGCGUUUCUCCUUCUUCAUGCCCAUUCUGCCGUGUCUGGUGGCCUUCUGCCAGGCCUUUCCCCCUCUUUAUGAUGAUGUGGCUGCUCUGUUAGUACAAGUGGGCCAAGUCUGUGCCUCUGACGUCACCACCAAAGCCAGGGACAUCGACCCUCUUAUCGCCCGUGAGUAUAAUUAGUGGUUGACUUUGUGAUGGUUGGUUUGAGAAAAUGUUAGAGUUUUGAUUCAUUAGUUCACACUUUUUGUCAGUACAUGAUUUAUAAUGACUCUCUUCAAUAUCAUUUAUUCAUCACCACUGUAAAAGCAUGACAUGGAUAUAGUAUUUAUCAUUGAGCUUCUCAGUAAGAAUCACCAUCUACAGAUGUUAAGGUUUUUCAUCUUUAAGAUUAUGAACAGAAAUCUUGGCUUCAGAACUUUCUCUAUUCGUACUUGAAUUCAUAAUUGUCCAGGACAUGGUUUUUAAUUUCUGAUUGUAGCUUUUGCCCCAAAGGCUGAAUUAAUUAUGAACAGCACUAGAUUAACCAACAGUUUAAAGACAGGAAUUAAAACAUAGAGCCAUCUGCGGGCUCUGUAUGUUUGUUUGUUUGUUUGUUUGUUUACUUUCAAAUUAAAUUGAUAGCUGGUCUGUUUGUGAAACGUUUUACACCACACCAGUCUGAGUACAGUGUUGAGUAUACCUGUUCAUUAUUUUAGCGUUAAUCCAACUUAGAUCAGUAUUUUGUUAGGUGAACAGAUCUGAAUGAAUUUAAAACAUUAUUUAAAGUUUUUUUUUCCAUAUUACUGGGAGUCAGUCAUCAUCACAGGCUGAGUUUGCCAGAGGUUUGAACUCUGUAAACAAAACUCAUGAUCAGCCUUUCAUAUUCUAAUCCACUUUACUGAUAGAGGACAUUUCAUCUAAAAAUCUCCACCAAAGUGCUACACAGUGUGACAAAAGAGCAGAAUUAAAAGCUCUAAAAUACACAAGACAAAAGCGCAAAAGACAUUGAAAACUACAUUUUUAAAAAUGUCCACCAACAAUAAACACUUCAAACAAACAAAAGCCAAAUUAAAACAAAAAUAGUUAAUAGGGGGAAACAAAAUCACCAUGGAGCCACACAGAGCACACGAUUCUUUGAUGGAUUAAUAGCCAAGGAAUAAAACUAUGUUUUAUAUAUUUAUGGAAAACUUUGAAUUACAGCACAAUUCAUCAAAUUGAAGAAAGGCAUUUUUUUAUUUUUACCCUGUAUGUGAUGACACCUGAUUCUUAACCAGUGUGUAGUUAAGAAGUAUUCUCACAUGAGGGCCUGUGUCCAUUAAACAUGUUUGUUUUUGCACUGGCAGCACCCAUGCCAUGACUUUAUUUUCAAAGCACGUCUCACUGUCAGUGUGAAUGCCUGUGUAGUGUGUGUGUGUGUGUGUGUGUGUGUGUGUGUGUGUGUGUGUGUGUGUGUGUGUGUGUGUGUGUGUGUGUCUGUUUUAAAACACUUUAUGCUUUGUGUUGGUUUUCACUCAUCAGCUUUUUACAAAGAAAACAUAAAUACAUAGAUGUAAAUCAUGUUGUAGCGUCAGCAGCAGCUCCAGGACUGUAAAUCAUGCCUUGAAUAAGUGAGUGUGAUAGUUCCCUCAGCCUUUGGACCUCUGUCUUUGAUAACAGAGGUGUAUCUUCUCCAUCCCUCAGGUCUGCAGUAUAUGAGGGAGAAACCUCAGAGUGCUGUGUCUCCAGGAGAAGCUUCCUCAAAGCUGAGUUUACCCCAGAGGACAGCUGAGGAGCUGGGUGGAGCUGACCCUGACGUCCAGCUAUGCUACUGUGUGGAGGCCACCUUCAUGGAAAUCAUUGGCUCCACCCUGCAUGGACUAUAGAACAGACUCAGGCUUAUUGUUGAAGAUGAGGAGGGACGGACAACUGUAAACACUUCCCCUGAGGGACUUCAGCCCACCUGCGAGGCUCAGCACACAUCCUGUUAGGUUUGACUAACAGACUCUGACUCCUGUCACCUUUUGUUGGAGGUUUUCAGGAAAGGUUCAUUCCGUGCUCACGAUGGGGCGGGCCGUGCUGGAUAUAUCCUCUCUGUUCCGCCUGCACUUAGGUCAAGUUCUGAUCAGCAUUAGGCUCCUUUUUGAUUCCCUGUAAAUUUAUAAUGAUUUGCUUUAUAUUUAGAAAAUGUGUUUGUGCUGUCAGAGUUUGUAGAAAGUAAAAUAUUGAAAAUGUUAAAUGGGUCCAUUUUCUUGACCUCGAGGCAUAUUUUUCUAAGAUUAAAACAUUUGACCUUUUUACUCGGAAACUGGAAAAAAGGAAAAUGUUGCCUUGAAAUAAUGUUUAGUUUUUGUACUGAACUUGUUUGUAAUAAAACAAAAAAAGAAAAACAGCUUUGAUUGACUUGUGGUGAUGGAUUUCUAUCAAGUCAGUGUAGUGCAGUUUAUCAUGAUUUUUGGCAGCUUUAAAACUGGUAAAGAAAUGGAACCAAUGAAGAUCCAACUUUCAUUCAAGAAAAUAUAACCCAGGAAUAUCAACGUAAAGGUACAGAGAUUGACAAAAAUGAAAAAGAACAAAAUAAACAUCUACUUGUGAAUAAAAUUCAACCUGCAAAUCAUUUACCCUGCUACCCUGACAACUGCAGAGAGAUGAGCAAACUGAAAAUCCAGGAAGAGGGAUAGUAGACAAAGGCAUUAUUCCUGUAACCGUUAAAGAUGGAAAAUUCUAAUCUGAAAAUAUCUUAAAGCUGUCGUCGCUGCUCAAAUCCAACUCUACAACAGUUGGAAUGGCAAGGCUAGCAAAGAGCGUUACCAUGGAGAUGGAACCAAACCAUUACAAAUAUAGCAGAAAGAUAGAAAACUGCAAACUGAAACAGUCCUGCUGCCAAGAAAAAGCACAGUGAGGAAAUGCUCCAAUCUAACCCAGAAGGACUGUUUGCUGACUGUGUCACACACAACAACAGAAAGUCCAGAAAAAAAAUCUCCGUCAUUGGGACAAUAUCGAUCUGAGCAAGAAUGUCAUCUGAAACAACACAGACAACUCUUGGCUCACUGUUACCUACUAUCCUAACAAAGGUACAGUGCUGGUCCAGGGAGAUAAAGGAAACCUCAGCUCUUCUGAUAAAACUCUUCGCAAAGCUAAAAACAGAGGUCCAGAGACACCAGCCAAGGACCAACAACACAACUACAGGAGAAUCAGUCCCUCCUGGAGCUAAACUUUACUGAGUUUAAAGAGCUCACUUUAGCCAGUCUAAACCCUGAGUAUGAACUCCUGCCGUCUAGUAGGCGAAACAGAGUCCCCAAAUGUCAAC